AAUCAUACUUUGGUACAGAAUCCUCUGCACCGGUACUAUGGCCUGGAAAGAAUUCUUGUCACUGGAAGGUGUGAAUGUUUCGGUCAUGCAUCAUCCUUCAGCUAUAUUGAAGGGAACUCCACGCACAUUGGACAAUGUAUUUGUGACUGUCAUCCAUCAACCAAUACGGAGGGAGAAACUUGCAAUCGUUGCAAGCCCCUAUACAAUGACAAACCAUUUAGAAGAGGUGAUAGUGAUGACUCGUACCCCUGUGUCAAGUGCGAGUGUAAUAAUCAUGCCAACAGUUGUGUUUAUAAUCAAACUCUGGACACCAGCCCUGACUCACGUACCCAGGGGGGAGGAGGUGUGUGUAUAAACUGUCAACACAACACUACUGGUCGUUUUUGUAAUCUGUGCAAGGAGAGAUUCUAUAGGGAGUCUGGGAAGAGUCUAAAGUCACCGGAUGUGUGUUCGCCUUGUGGAUGUGAGGGGCUUGGGGUACAGCCUGGAGAGUUGGAUUGUGUCAAGGUUUGUAAUGAUUACUUUGUGUGUUGCUCAUCGGAGAGAGUGCUGUGCUUCAU